AAGCAUGACUAUGAGAACUACCUCUGCGUGCUGCUUCUCCCCAGCGCUGCCCACCAGGCUGCAUUUGCAGUUAGAGCCUUCAAUGUGGAACUGGCAUUGGUCAGAGACUCAGUGACAGACAAGAACAUAGGGAAGAUGAGGAUGCAGUUCUGGAAGGAUACACUAGCUGACAUUUAUCAGGAAAGACCUCCACAGCAGCCAGUUGCCCAAGAACUAGCCAAGGCAGUUGACAGCUGUGGGCUUACUAAAAGGUGGUUCAGCAGGAUUUUGGAUAACAGGAUAGAAAACCUGGAUGAUCAACCACACAGAAACCUCACAGCACUGGAGGACUACUCAGAGCAAACUGUGUCCUCUGUGUUGUACCUCACCUUAGAAAUUCUAGGUAUCAAAGAUGUACAUGCAGACCAUGCCGCUAGUCAUAUUGGUAAAGCCAUUGGCAUCUGUACAGCAUUGAGAGCUGCACCCUACCUAGCCAAUAGGAGGAGAGUCUUUCUACCAAUGGAUGUUAUGAUACAGUGUGGAGUUUCCCAAGAGGACAUAGUGAGGGGGAGACAGGACCAGAAAGUCAAGGAUGUGAUGUAUGAGAUUGCCAGUCUCUCUCACUCACACCUAGAGAAAGCGAGGUCGUUGAAGAAAGAUGUCCCCAAAAAAUCCAUGUCAGCCUUCCUUCCAGCACUUUCUUGUGACUUCUACUUGAAGAGGAUACAAAAAGUAGACUUCAACAUCUUUGAUUCAUCAUUACAGCAAAGAGAUACCCUACUACCUUUUCAUCUACUGCUGCAAAAACUGAAAAGGACGUUCUGAUUUUUGAAAUGUUAAAAUCUAAGAAGCUAA